AUGUCAAUCGAUUCGAGAAAAACUGAAAGUGAUGAAUCAGUGCUGUGUAGUGGUUGGAAUGAACGAAUUCUGCAACGAUUAAUUUGGUGGAAUCAGAAAAUGGAAAGUUUAUGGUUUUCUAUUGGAAUUUAUGGACUUGUUUUAUUGAUUCACAUUGUAGUUUGGUUUCUGGUUGGAAUUGUGGAGGACAAUUUUUAUGCUUCGAAUCGUUUCUUUAUGAAAACUGGAAGUAUUUUCAGUGUGAGUGGAUGUUAUAUCACUAAUUUACCGAGUAUCAUAUUGACGAGUUUAAUGUUUUUCUAUUCUGCUAUUGAUGUGCUGAUUGUGUUGAUUUCGUUAAGAUCUGAUCGAGAUACUUUUUCUAUUAAGGUUGAAACUAUUCUGUUGGCAAUUUUGAGGAGUUUACUCACAAUAGUUUAUUUUGUUUGCUCUCAGGUAUUUGAAACUCAAGUCUUGACUCAUAUCAUUCCUUAUAGUUAUUCAGUCAUGAUUGGAGGAUUUGUGGAAAUAAUUGUUUCAGUUCUAAUUCCUGUAAUUAGGGCAAUUUUAGACGAUUCUGUUGAGGGAGAAAAUCUUUUCGAGAGUGAAAUUGAACUUGUCCUGAAUAAUGAUGAGAUGUGUAAACUCUUAUUGGAAUUUUCAAGGAGAUCCUAUUGUCCAGAAGGUGUUCUAUUCUACAAGGAUGUUCAAUCUUUCAAAAGACAAGUUCAGAGCUAUUACAAUUACAAAGAGGAGAAUGAAUUGCUCAAAACUAAUAUUGUGACCAGACACAGAGAAAGGAUUACCAAUUCAGCAAAGAAAAUUGUUGGAAACUAUCUCAGUGAGGGUGCUCUCAAUGAGUUGAAUGUUCCUUCACUUCCUACAAAGAGAAAUGAUAUUUUGGCAAAAUUGUAUGCCAGUGAAAAGAGUAGUAUUGAUCAUUGUCCACCAAAAAACUUGUUUGAUCAGGUGAUUUGUGAGACACUGUUGACUCUGACAGAGGUGUUCACAAGAUUGAAACAAAAAUCGAAGAAAAUCCAGAAUUUUCUUAAAGAGACUUAUGUGGCUCAAAGUACUAUUUCACAGAUUUGA